AGCAUCAAAAACUGCCUUGAAGCAUUGCGCUGGGUGCGCUUCUUUUUGUGAUCCCAUUACACUGGUCACGACACGUUUCGAGCACCCUUCAUCGCAGUUCGCCUGUUGCUCGGCAGUGUUGUCCAAGAGCUUUACCUUUGUUUCUCCCUCUUUCUCGCUUGUUAUUAAAAGACCUAUCCUCUACCACUUCUUACUAUUCCACAAACAACAGCAAAAAAAGAAAAGGAAACCGUUAUGGAGCAACCACCAGGAUUCUCGCUGCCGUCCACCACGUUACUUGUGGAGGUGGACGUAGCGCCUGAAUUGGCCGACAUUCACAACGACUUCGCACCCCUACUGCGCCUCUCCGGCAUUUGCGCGGUGCCCAGCGCGACGUCGGUCGCCGUCAGCAGCGGCGUCAGCGCCGGCAACCUGUCCGGCAGCGAUGAGGAGGAGCAGCGUGGCCGGCGCAGUCCCGCGAUGUCACCAGUGCGCGCGGCGGAGAACAAGCUCGCUGAGCUUACCGCACCGGUAACGGUGACGCUGCCGCCGCCCAUGUCCAACGAGGACGCCGCGUUCCUUGCCCACUACGUCCAGAGUUUCCGUGCCAGGGAGGAGGCAGAAAGGGCGUAUAUUGCGUUCAUCUUUCAGGAGUACAAGAAGCGGAAGAGCGUUGAGCAGAAGUGGUCGAGUGAGAUGGAGGCGAUGCGGCAGGAGCUCGAGGUGCUGCGUCAGCGUGAACUCCCACCGGAGGUUCGUGAGGCGGUGGAGGAGCUGGUCAAACGUGAAGGCGGCGCACGCGAAGUCGUCGUGGCGGCCUACCACAAUUUUUUGGAGUGGGUUGUGAACACCACUCCGCAGUGGAUCGAGGCGGCGCAGCGGCAGGAACAGGCGCGGCUGGCGGAUGAGAAGGCGAAGAAAGCUGCCAUGGCCGCCGCACGCGAAGCUCUGGCGCGAGAGCUGGCGAUGGGCAAGCAGUUAGGAGGGUCGAGCGGCGGCGGCGGCAGUGGUGGUGGUGGUGGUGCAGCCUUCGCGGCCUCCUCGCGUGACUCGCCAUCUGCCAUGGCAAGUGGUGGCUCUGCUGCCGCGGUGGUGAAUGAGGAUGGCACGCUUUCGUACGAGCCGGCGGUGUCGGUCGAGCAGCAGCUUGAGGCUUCGCAGGACCAGUCAACGAGCCUCGGCGCGAGUGAGCUGCGACGCAAAGCAAUCCGCAUGCUGGAGGCCGAAGAGGAGGAGAUGCGGCGGCGACGUGAGGAGCAGGUCCGUCUGUUGCGGGAACAGGAGGAGCAGCUGCGAGCAGAGAUCGAGUUGAAGAAUCAGCACGACGCGGAGCAGGCGGCCCGCAAGGAGCGCGAGGCGGCGCAGAAGCGCGAGGACGAGCUUGCACAGCGGUACAACGCGCUGCUAGAGCAGGAGUUCACCUUGCAGAGUCGGGUCCGGCAGCGAGAGGAGGAGAAGGCGAAGAAGGAGGAGGAGCGGCGGAUGCUGAUGGAGCGCGUAGCCGCAGAGGAGCAGCUGCUGCGGCAGCGCAUUCAGGAGAAGGAGGAUCGUCGCAAAGCGUCAGAGGAGGAGGCGGCCCGCGUUGCACGAGAGAAGGAGGAGCGUCGCAAGGCGUCAGAGGAGGAGGCGGCCCGCGUUACACGUGAGACGAUGAUGCGCGAGAUGCGCGAGCAGGAGGAGACGCUGCGUCGCCGUCUUGCCGAGCGCGAGGCCGCAGCGGAGUCAGCACGAAGGGCGGAAGCAGAAAAAGCGCGACGCGACGCCGCGGCGGCCGCCGUGUGCGCCGAACAGGAAGCGGCGCUGAGGCGGGCCAAGGAGGAACGGGAAAGAGCAGAGAAGUCACGUCAACUCGCCUACCUGCGCGAUCAGGAAGCGGCGUACACGCGGCACCUGCGCGAAAAGGAGCUGGCCGAGAUCGAAGCAAAACGCCGGGCGGCGGAGGCGCACUGGACACACCCGACACUGCCUUCACCGCAAACGAACAGCAGUUCCCUCUCUGUUGUCUCACCGAUGCCGAUGGGCUCAGUGGCGAUGCCCACCCCACACGCCGCGCCGUCCACCCAGGGAAGUUACUACGCCACUCCGCAGCCGGCGGCACCGGUGGCGCCUGUCUACCCGCUCGCUGUCGCUGCUGCGGCACCUCCGCCCGUGAUGCCAGGUUACGGCGGCGCCUACGCAGUACCGCCGCCACCGCCGCAGGCGUACGCCUAUCCCUCUCCGUACGUGGCGUACCCCGUCAUGCCGCCGCCGCCGCAACAGCCGCCGAUGAUGAUGAUGCAGGGCUAUCUGCCGAAUCCCAAUCCCUAUUACCCGCAGGUCGCGCCACCGAAUAUGAUGGCGCCAAUGCAGCCCUCUCCUUACACGCCGGCCGCCAUGUACCCACGCUGA